GGAAACAGGUCAUCAAUGUCGGUUAAGCUCAACCAGUGUUGACAGUGGGACAGGUGGAAUUCCAAGCGGCUUGUCGCACCAGCCAUACCCUUUGAACGAUUCAAAAUGGCGAAGCGGGUGGCGAUCAUUGGAGCCGGGUGUAGCGGUCUCACUGCCAUCAAAUGUUGUGUUGACGAAAAGCUGGAGCCGUUUUGUUUUGAGCGAACUGACGAGCUCGGGGGAUUAUGGAACUUUACGGAAAAAGUCCGCGAGGAUCAGGGGUGCGUGAUGAAGUCGACUGUCAUCAACACCAGCAAGGAGAUGAUGUGUUACAGCGACUUUCCUAUACCUAAAGAGUUCCCCAAUUUCAUGUACAACACGCAGGUAUGGCAGUACUUCAAGAUGUACGCAGAUGCCUUCAACCUGAGCAAACACAUCCAAUACAACAAAGAGAUCCUGUCCGUGAAGAAGUCACGUGACUACGAGCAGACCGGAAGAUGGGAUCUGCAGGUCAGAGAUCACAAGACCGGAAGUGAGGAGACGCAGGUGUUUGACGCGGUGAUGGUGUGCACCGGUCAUCACGCCAGCAAGAACGUGCCGGAAUUUACAGGUCAAGAUGACUUCCAGGGGAAGAUCCUUCACUCUCAGGACUACAAGGACUGGACCGGGUACACUGGGAAGAGGGUGGUGGUUGUCGGGGUCGGCAACUCAGGCGGGGACGCAGCUGUGGAGCUGAGCAGGGUGGGGCAGGUGUUUCUUAGCACGAGGCGCGGUACCUGGGUGUUCAACAGAAUUGCUGACAAUGGUAUCCCUGCCGAUUUCCAACUAGCAUCACGUUUUUUAAGAAAGAUUCUACACACCUUGCCCCAAGAAACACUGAGUGGUAUACUUCAAAAACAACUAAAUAAACGUUUCGACCACGAGUUAUACUCCUUGAAGCCUAAACACUCGGUGUUCGCCCAACAUCCUACAGUAAACGAUGACAUGCCCAAUAGAAUCGCGACUGGCCGAUUGAAGAUUAAGGCUGACAUCAAGAGGUUUACCAAGACUGGCGUGGAGUUUGUUGACGGGACGGUGGAAGAUAAUAUAGACGUUGUCAUAUUGGCUACAGGGUAUAUAUUCGGCUUCCCGUUUAUUGACAAGUCUGUGAUCGAUGUGCAGAAGAAUAAGGUCAAGAUGUUCAAGUAUAUGUUUCCACCUGACCUGCCGAAACAGACAUUGGUGGUGAUUGGUUGUUUUCAACCCAUCGGCGCCAUUAUGCCUAUUGUGGAAUUGCAGUGUCGCCUAGCAACCAGAGUAUUCAAAGGCACUUGCAGUCUCCCGUCAAAAUACGAGAUGUGGGCGGACAUUGGAAAGAAGGAGGCGGCUAUGGCGGCGAAAUAUGUCGAGUCCCAGCGACACACAAUCCAGGUCGACUACGUCGACUUCAUGGACGAACUGGCGGAACUUGUAGGAUGUCGACCAGCUAUAGGUCGUCUUCUCUUGACCGACCCGAAACUUGGACUCAAGUGCUACUUCGGCCCCGCCACCCCCUACCAAUACCGCCUGAGGGGGCCGGGCACGUGGCCGGGGGCCCGGGAGGCCAUCAUGACCCAGACAGAUAGAAUGGAGUACCCCUUUAAGACCAGACCUCUCCCUGAAGGCACAGAGACACAGUCGUCCCACAGACUCCUCACACUGGUGUUGCUGGUGCUGGUCAUUGCCAUCCUUUACCAACUUUUUAAAAGCGAUGUCAGGAGUUUGUAGAGCGCUGUUUAGUGGCUGUGUGUAGUCUUACAUCCAAAUAUUUACACUUGGGAAAUCAAGAUCAGGGAAAUAUCAUUACUACCGUUUCUUCGGCCUUUUAUACACGAACAUGCUGCUGAAUUUACCAGUAACUUUUACAUUAUAUUUACACACUUUUGCAUGUGCUGUGUGCAUUUAUAUGCCUGUAUGUCUUUGUAGCUUGCCCGUCUAACUUUUUGGGUAGCUACAAGUUCGGGAAUCGUGAGGGUAAAAGCAGUCGUUGUAGAAGAAAUCAGUGCCAAAAUAAAACUAUUAAACUUGUCAAACAUUCGAUGGGAAAGUAAGUCAAUGGAGUUCAACCACUGGAGUACCUCAUUCUGAAUGAGAUAUCACUCGAAUAUGUUGUUUGGUUUAACGCCGCUUUGAACAGUAUUCUAGUUAUAUGACGGCGUGUCAGCUUAAUGUUGAAGGAAAGUCCUAAGUGAUGUAGCUCUCAGACAUUUACCACUGUGUUGAAACCCACGACCACGGGUGUCGUGCUGACAGAACGAGAAACAAUAGAGGCGAAACGGGAUUCGAACCCACGAUCAUAGGUUGCUGCCGUGUUCAAGGGACUUAACUCUGCACAGCGCAAUCAACAACUUCGAGUGAUUUCUCAGACUUGUUGACUUCCCAGAUGGUUGAAACAUUUCUUUUUUUGCAAAAUGGCCUAGAGUUGCGUCAGUUGUACUUGUUAAAAUGCACGUUCACAACGGCCAGUGAAUUCCUGGCUCAGAAUCAAUAGUAACAACAUGGCGUUAUCAUUAUGUUUACUCAGUAAGACAAAAUUGUUGUGUGUUUCAAGUCAAUAGAGGACUAGUGUUGUAUGUACUGUGAUUCAAAUGACUAUGUCACGAUGGGAACAACAACACAAUUUUCAUAUUUUAUCCAAGUUGCUUCAGAUUUCCACUGUGAUAUUUUAAAGGAAAAUCUGAAAAGGAAAUGUACGCCAAACAAAAUUUUGAUCCAUGUUUAAAUUCGUAUUUUCUCAAAUCGAACCACUACCGAUGGGAGUUCAAAGGUGGGGGAGGCUGUCUAGCUUUGGAUACAGAAGCUGGUCACACAACAGGUGGCUUGAUCCGGUGUCUGUUAAUCUGUUUAGAAUGUCGCCGCAGAAACCUAUACCUGUGCAGAAUCGAAAAAAACGCUCUGUACGUGUAUUUAGAUCGCGUCAGCUGUGUAUUAAAACUGACAAAUUACUGUCAGUGUUGUUGAUUUAUGUAUAUUCGCCUGUUAGUGGAACUCGCGCUGUGUUGUUAUUGCCUAGUAUUAAUAAAUCUUUCAGCUAC